CUCCAAUCUAUCGCGCUCUUGUCCCCAUUCCUCUCCUUCAACUCCAUGGAAUCCCUUGCCCCAUCUGAGCCCUCGAUCUCUACUGAUAAGAAGCCGUCAUCAUCUCCUUGCCCUCCGGUCAAAACCCUCCCUCCAGCGGCUGCCGCUCCGUCGCCCUCCAAGGCCGCCCCCGCCGACCAGAUCUGGACACCGGAGAAGCCGGUACAGCUCCCGCGCCGGGCCAGGAACCGGAGCGUGGCCUUGUCGGUGAAAGAGGUGAAGAAGGUCGCCCUUGGCCUUCAGAGGUCCGCAGAUCGGGCCAGUCUCCCUCGAUCCGAUGAUGAUCUCCAAUCCGUGGAGGAACAGCUGGGGGCCGGCUUGGGAGUUGGUUCGAUUUCUAAACCAUCGAAGGCUAAAACCCCUGUCAAACUUCCGGAAGAAUAUGAGAUAUUGUGUGAGUUCUUUAAUUGUAUGGAGAGCUCAAUUCGAUUGCUCCGACUGAAAGGAACCAUGUCAACAUUUUCUAACAUCUGCGCCAGUAUUCAGCAUUUGUCUGAGAGGAGAUUUACUUAUGGGCAUUUAGCACAACUAAAGUACAUAAUGCCUGAAGCCAUUUUUAUCAAGAAAGUGCUUUCCCUCGAUGAGACUACUUGCUGUAUGAAGCCAGAGCUUCAAGUUACUCUCCAGGUUGAGGCAAUAGCUAACUGUGUGAAGCAGAAAGGUGAAAGUGGGUACUCAAUCAUGAGAAAAGUUUUCAGAGAAAGGCUUGUGGAGUUCUUCAAAGAACAUCCAGAGGGAGAUGAUAUUCCAGAGGAACAACUGCCAGUUCCAUUCAGUCAAGCAAAGCAAACCAUACUUCCACAAGUUGCAAGAGGGUCCAUCAAUUCAACAUCUCUGGAACCUUCAUCAAGCACACCUUUCCAGCAGGAAUUUGCAGUGCUCUCUCACAUGUCUGGAUCUUUUCAACGGCGGUUCUCUCAGAAAAUUCCUAUACUUGGUGCAGAGAAAACGUCUCUCACAUGCAUUAACAAGCCUUCUCUUAAGGAUGAUCCUCAUGUCUUUGUUGCUCCAUCUCCUAUAAAAUUCUCUUCGAAGCCACCCAUAUCUAAGAAGUCCUUGAUUAGUUCCUCCAUUUUAUUAGCUUCAUCUGGCAACAAGACAACAGAUAAAGAGGCGACUGAAAAAUUGAAGCCUGAAAACUGUUCUUCAAAGGAUUUAAAUAAUUUAGAGGGAACUCCUGCAAAACUUAUUUCUACUCCUGCCAGGCUGAUGACUGCUACACCAGAAAUUCAAACAUCAAAGAGAUCUCGCCCAUCGAUGGGUUAUGCCACCCCACCACCAAAGAAGUCAGUGAAACGAUCAACCCGCACCAAGUUAUUCACAACUCCAACAAAGAGUACAAAAGCAGUGGAUGAGGACGAUGGAAGCAGAAGUUUGUCAGUUGAUGAUAGUGUCCUCGGUUUUCUGCCAGAGACUCUAUUGCAAUCUAUAAGGGAGAAGGAGAAGAGAGUGCUGGAGGAGAAAGAGGCUGGUGUUGCCAAUGCAAUGAGACGACAAAAAUUACUAGCAUGCUUACCCAAUAUUUUUGACAUGAUUUUGCUUAUAUUUCAGUCAGCUAACCGAACUGUGAUGACGAAGCAAGAGCUUAUUUACAAAUUAAUUGCAAGUCAUUGUAAAAUAGUGGAUAGAGGUGAAGUUGAAGAACAGUUGGAAUUGUUGCUAGAACUAGUUCCAGAUUGGAUUUCGGAAAAGAAAGCAUCCAGCGGAGACAUUCUUUGCUGUGUCAACAAGAUAACUAGUCCAGAAGAGAUCCGACAGAGACUAGCAGAAGCUCAGUAAGAAGGUGCACCUGAAAUCCAGUAGUUCAUGAGGCCAUCGUUAGCAUAGACAAGUUUAGCUCUAAAUGCACUGCAAGGAGUGGAAGGACUUUCGAAAGAGCUUCCAAUCAUAUGCUACCUGAAAGAUUCAUGCAAUUCUCACGAGUGGUGGUGCUGAUGAUGGUUCCUGUCUCCAACAAAUUGGCUUUUUUUUUUUGGGGGGGGGGCUCAUUAUGGGACUGAAAGCAAGCUUUAGGGAAAGCUGGCUCCGUACAAGUGCUUAAUUGCUGGAGAAUUACUCUCUUAUAUUGUUACCUCUUCAGCAUUAUUUUGUAAAGAGGUCAUGGUUCUAUGGAAAAUUAUUUUUGAAAGUUUUGUUUCAUAGAUAUAUUAACUCUACAAAAACCCAACUGUUUGUAUCAAUGAUCCUACCAUUUC